AAUAGCAAGAAUAUGGUUUUCCUAAAGGCAUUUUGAUUUUGAAGCUAAAGAAUCAGAAAUGCAUUUCGUAAUUUUUUCGAUUGUUACCAUUGUAUUAACUAUCAGCGUUUGGCAAUCAGAGAGCAAUAGAAAUUGUUACAAUGCGAAGACUUGCAUGCACAGCGGAAUAGAAAGAUGCGGCGUGGAAGAAGAUGGACGACUAAGAAAAUUUUUGGAUUUAUGUGAUAUCCAUGAGUUUAACUGUCUCCAAAAUACUUCAUUUAAAGUAACAGCUCAAAAAAGAUGUAUUAAUCUACAAGACCUUAAUAACGAUAACAACAAUAACGAUGAUGAUAAUGUUAACAUGAAAAUGAAUUGGAAACCUUUGCCAUUAAGGUUUUACUCAAAUCAAAAUGAAUAUAAGAAUACAGGCAACGAUCAGAAAAUAAAGGAUUCGAAAUAA